AUGGUGACCAGAAAAGGGAGAGGUCGGGGACGGGGGAGACCCCCGCGAAUCUUGGGGCCUCCGACGCUGCAGAAUCCAUCGGAGCAACCGCAAAUUGAGAAAGAAGAGACAACGGAGAUCACCAUGCCAUCGACUGAUAGCAUUGAGGGGAACCGUAGCAACAAUAGCAUAGAGAAGAAUAUCAAUGAUGAUGAGAGAUUGAAAACAGAGGCUAACCCUAAAUCUUCACCUGAAGAACCACGCAAACUAUGGGUGGAUGUCAUCAGCAACAAUUGCAAACCUGCCAAUGGUAUGAAUCUUGAAUUUGUAGCACCUUCAGUUGUUAAUGGAGAAAUCAUAGUUGAAAUUGAGAAAUCGGAUAUUGAAUCGGAGAUUCUAUACUGGGAUUCAGCAUUGAUAAUGUACGUAUUAGGGGGAGAACUGAGUAUGAACAUGGUGGAACAAUUCAUGAUACGAAAUUGGAAUACGGUUCAAUUACUAGAUCUUCUCUACCACGAUGAUGGAUACUUCAUCAUGAGAUUCAAGUCAAUCAAGAAGAAGGAGGAGAUACUAAUGAAUGGACCUUAUACAAUAAGGAACAUGCCUAUGCUCUUAAGAGAUUGGAAGCCUGGUUUCAAUAUGAAGAAUGACAUGUUGCGAACCAUUCCGAUUUGGGUGAAGCUACCACAACUACCAUUGGAACUAUGGGGAGCUAAGAGCCUGAACAAGAUUGGUAGUGCUAUUGUUACACCGGUGGUCAUAGAUGAAUGCACUGCCCAGAAAUUGAGAGCUUCGUAUGCCAGGAUACUCAUAGAAAUUGAUGCUACUCAACAAGUGCCUAAGGAGAUCACUAUACAUAAUCAUGAGGGGAAAAAAGUCAAACAGGCCAUAGAGUAUGAGUGGAUGCCUAAGUUCUGUGGGAGAUGUCAAAAGUUUAGGCAUAAUUGUGCUACCAAGCGCAUAAUUCCACAAUGGAAGCCUAAGUAG